CCAUAAAUGGAGUAGCACAUUAAGCACAAUAACGUAUUGCACUACUUUUUCAUUACAUGACGGUGCUUAUUUAUUGCUUCCUUUUUCAGCAAACUCUUCACUCUCACCUCCUUCUCUCUCAAACCAAAUCUGAUAUCGAUCCAUGGGUUCUCAGUCAACAUUCCCGAUGGAAUUUUUGAAGCCCAUUUUAUAUGGCCCUGAUUCUGCUCUCUCUGACCGUUUGAAAUUGCCCCGCCCAUUUGUUGAGCGAUUUGGGGAUUUUCUGCCAAGGACUGUAGUCGUCAAAACAAUGGAUGGAGAAGAGUUCAGGAUUACCUUCUCAUAGCUGGAUGGUACUUUUUCCGGCAUGCAUAGGCUUUUGAUGAAGUUAUCCGCUAAACAAUUCCAGUUUCUCAGUUUCAAGUAUUUUGGUGGUCAGAAAUUUGAAGUUUAUCUUUUAGAUACUAAUAAUGUCAUGUAGGCUACACCAGGAAUGCAUUUGCCUUUUAAGUGUAUGUUUAUUAAGGUUAUCUACAAAGUUUCCAGUCGUUGGAGACCUCUGAAACUAUCCCAAAAAUUUAUGUCAAAGUAUGGUAGUACAGUCCCUCGCAGAAUUACUUAUGAACUGAGUAAUGGUUCUGUGUUGGAUGGUCGUUAUGACAACGAAGAAGGUAGUUUACUUGGGCUGCAGGAAUUCUAUAAGAUGCACAAAAUGUCAAGGUUCGAUUCCAUGGUGCUAACCUAUAAUGGUAACAAUGUUUUUAUCGUUCGUGGUUUUGGUAAAGAUUGCGUGGAGAAGAGGGCCAUUAUGCACACAAAUGGUUAUUUUGAAAUUGAAGUGAAGCCUUCUCAUCUUCUGGAAUAUGAUUUUGGGGUGACUAUUCCAGUCAAAUUUCAUGGUGUUUUAGAGGAUUUUGGUCAAUGUGAGACUCUGGAUAUACGUCACGGGGAUAGUCGGUGGAGUGUUAUGUUGAAGAAGAGAAGCAAGAGGGCUGAAUUGCACUCUGGAUGGAAUGUACUAUGGAAAGAUUUGGAACUGAAAGUCAGGGACAUAUGUUUUUUCCGAAGGGCAGGAAUAUUGCAAAUGCUUGAAGAAAUAAAAGAAUAAAGCAAAAAAGAGAAAAAGAUGGAAGAAAAGAAUCAUAAGGGAAUAUUCUCAAGGAAGCAUCUAGAUGGGACACCUACACCCCCCCUCUACCCUAAUUUCCCCCUAUAAAUACACACCUCCCCAUCAUGUUUCAACGAACCUAGGAUUUCAUAUUUUUAGUAGCCUCUCUUUUAUGUAGUAGAUCUAGUAGUAGCACUCUAAAUUUGUAAACACUUUUAUUAUAUCAAUACAAGUAUUCAUUUUUGU